AAGUCCGGAGAGGCUCCGAACUGCAAACAAGGAGCCAUUAUUUAUUUCCAGCCCUCCCACCGCAGGCAGGCGGACCCACGCUGCUGCGCACUUGUUGCACCGCGAAAGGCGCUCGUUUCACGGUCAAAAUGCUGAGGAGGUCUCUGGUUAACGUCGGGCUGCGGCUGAACCGGCAGCAGCAACACAAGGCCGGGAUCCAGGGAGCGGCGGCGGCGGGGCUGAGUCCCGGCCCGAGUCUGACGCGCCACGCGACCUCCGGCAGCUCGGUGGUGGGCAUCAGUAAACCCAAAACCAUGGAUGAGCUAGGUGGACCCAGCUUCGCCACAACACUCUACUGGCUCUUCAUCAAAGGCUAUUUUCAAACCACGCAGCAGAUGCAGAUCGAGCACAAGAAGAUCUACGGCCCCUUAUGGAAGUCCACGUACGGCCCCUUGGUCGUGGUGAACGUGGCCAGCGCAGAGCUCAUAGAGCAGGUUCUGAGGCAGGAGGGAAAGCAUCCAGUCCGGACUGACAUGCCCCACUGGAGGGGCUACAGAGAGCUGAGGAACCAGGCCCACGGACCUCUAACAGAGAUGGGAGAGAAGUGGCAGCGUAUCCGCAGCAUAUUGAACCCUCGAAUGCUCAAGCCCAAGCACGUCUCUUCCUACUCGAACACCAUCAAUGACGUGGUGACGGACUUCAUUAGCAGAGUGGCCUGGCUGAGGGACACCAGUGGACAGGGCGUCAUGGUCAACGACCUGACAGCAGAGCUCUAUAAGUUUGCUUUCGAAGGCAUCUGCUCCGUUUUGUUUGAGACGCGUAUGGGCUGUAUGAAUGAGACGGUACCAGAGGAAACGCAGAAGUUCAUCUUCUCUGUUGGAGAAAUGUUCCGGCUCUCUCCCAUCAUCGUCCUCUUUCCCAAGUCUCUGUGGCCCUACCUGCCUUUUUGGAAACAGUUCGUUGCAACCUGGGAUCAUCUCUUCAAAGUCGCCGAAGAGUUGGUCAAUAAAAAGAUCGAGGGGAUCCAGCAGAACGUGGACCUGGAUAAGAACAUGGAGGGAGCGUACCUCACUCACCUGCUGCUCAGCGACCAGAUGACGGUCACAGAGAUCCUGGGCAGCAUCACCGAGCUCCUGUUGGCAGGAGUAGACACGACAUCCAACACGAUCUCCUGGUCUCUGUAUCACCUGGCAAAGGAGCCUGAGAUCCAAGAACAGCUGUACCAGGAAGUCAUCAGUGUUUGCCCUGGAGAUAAAGUCCCGACUAGCAGUGACAUUACUCAGAUGCCGUACCUGAAGGCCAUCGUCAAAGAGACGCUGCGGCUGUACCCUGUUGUUCCGGGAAACGCUCGCGUCACCGUGGAAAAUGAGAUCAUUGUCGGGGAUCAUCUCUUCCCCAAACAGACGCUGUUCCACCUGUGCCACUACGCCGUCUCCUAUGAUGAGAACAUUUUCCCAGCACCGCACACGUUCAUGCCACAGCGCUGGCUCAGAGGGGACGACAAGCUCAAGCAGCACCCGUUCGGAUCGGUGCCGUUUGGGUUUGGAAUCCGGGCGUGCUUAGGCCGGCGGGUGGCUGAACUGGAGAUGUAUCUGCUCCUGUCCAGGUUGAUAAAACAUUAUGAGGUGAAGCCAGACCCUACUGGGACAGCUGUGAAGCCGAUCACCAGAACCCUGCUUUGUCCCGCGACGCCGAUCAACCUUAAGUUCCUGGACAGAAGAGCUGAGCAGGGAGCAUCAUCUCUGUGAGCUCCGUGGUAUUCCCAACGUGUCACCUCUGUCCUCACCCAGCACUUGUUUCUAUAUCUGCCCUAACGGGAAUGCACCCUCACCCAAGUGUUAGCUGCAUGUAGCAGAUUGUACAGAACAGUGUGUACUGUUGAAAUGUCUCCUUUCGUAAAUACACAAUUAGUUUCAGAUGAGAGCUGUUGAGGAUUCAGAAGUGAGUCACGUUUAUUUUGUCUUUUUGUUUCUUCAAAGAUUUUUCUAAGCUGUUAGAUUAUUUCUGUCCUCUGUUACCUCAUUGAUCAAUGACCAGGGCUGCAUGUAUUGUGGACACUUACUUGUCACUUUGUCCCUGUACACCACCACAUCGAUGCAUUUAAGACUAAACGCUUUGAGUCGACUACAGAAUAUUACAUUUGCAGUUUGAACUUUAUCUUUGUGGAACCCUUUAAGUGUUUAGGAGUAUCAGUGCAGGUGGGAAAGGCUGAAAUUAUAAAACUAACCUAGACAGACAUUGAGACACAAACUGCAAAAGGGGAGGAAGGUGGUUUGUGGUCAGCACCACAGUGCGACAUAGGGGAAUUUCUGUUCAUUUAUUUCAUUCUUGAAGAGCAGUGGGCUGCCAUUGGUACGACAUCGGAGGGACAAUGUUUGUGUUUUAUCCUUUUGAGAAGGGAUACUUGGACGCCGGUUGUCUUCCAAUCAUUGGACAACUGCUCUUCCCACUUGAGAUGAAGAAAUGUACAAAGGUAAUCACAGAACUUCUAUGAAGUAAAAGCCUCUUAUACCUCCUAGCCAAGUUCAAAAGAUGCUGCUGCCAUUGUAAAAGUCCAUGCUCACACUCACGCACGCAACACCGGAAAAGCCUAAAUCAGUUCAGCUAAAGACAUGAAGACAAAUCUCAUAUAGUUAUGAUUGUAACAUGGACCACAACUUUGUCAGAGCAGUGCAGUUGAAGUAAAGCUACAUCAUGUAAACAGUUGUGAAGUAGGAUACAUUACUAAAAUCAAGAAGACCUGAGUUUAUAUCCCGGACAAGCCCCCAAAACAUCAUAAUCUAUGUGAAAAGGUUCAGGGAAACAGAGUUAUGAAUGUGUCAUCGGGCUGCAUUGGUUUAUUUCCUGUAGAAAUUUUUAAAAGAUUUUAAAUCCUGGAUGAACCAUCUGAGUCUGAGUUUCAACUGACUAUGCAAGGAAUUUGAAAUGGUAAUUAUUUAAGCAUUAAAUAAAGCUUUGUAAAAUAUUUUGAAUAAAAGUAGACCCUUCUUAGUUUCUACAGAUACUCUCACAACAUACAAACAGGUGUUUCUGUACAUAUUCAUGUUAACUAACCAUCAACUUGUUAAUCAUUGUGCCACUGUCAGGCUUUUGUUUACAUUUAUCACAAUGCUGUAAAUUAAAAGAAUAAUUUAUUUUUACUUGUUGUGCUAAUUCAGAUUUUCUGUACUUCUAAUAAUCAUGCAGUUAAAUAAAAAACCAGUGCAUUAUAAUUUUUUUCUGGUUUUUAACAAAAACCUGUUAACGAGGUAAAUAACCGAACCGUCCUAGAUGGACUUUAUGUCGGACUUUAAGUUUUUCAUUAGAAUUUGUGUGUGUAAGCUUUCUUUUUACAUUACCUUUGUAAAACCAAAUUUUGUACAUUUUGAUCAGAAAAUGACUAAUUAAAAUUUUUGUUCCUGAA